AGCCGUCAAUCCUAAUGAUCCCGGCCGAGUGUGACAUGCAGCAGGACGUCCGAUAGGGUGUCCAAGUCUGCAGUUUGGUGUGGGCGUUUAACAGCAAAAACAUCCAGAAAAAUCUUCACUGUAAGUGAAUAAUGUGAAAAGCGAAUCGGCCGCUGUUUGUUAUAGGGUCAGAAAUGACUGCGAUGACCUUCCAGGAUUAGGGGAUCCUGAUAAUGUGCGGGAAUAAAAAUGGCAGCGAGUGGAGGCAAUCGCCAAAUGCCAGGACAGGACGGAAAUGCAAGCCUGAGGAAGAAGUGGCAGGAAUGGGCCGACAACCACAGGCAGUACCAAAGGUCCAAUCCUUUCAGCGGCUCCCACGCGGUCACUCUGCGCUUGCAGAGAGGGGAUGAAGAAUACGGGCGUCCCAAAAAGGGAUCCAAAACAGACCAGAGAGGUAAAGACGCACAUACCCACAUCGGGAAAGAAGUCGAAGAGUUGCUUUAUGUUAUUAGAAGGUACGGAGAAGCCGGGCCAGGCGGGAACAUCUGCAUAACUUUCGGGAGAUUGUUUGAUGCCUACGUGACAAUUUCCAAUAAAGUGGUGGGAAUCCUGCUACGAGCGAGAAAACACGGUCUGGUUCAUUUUGAAGGGGAAAUGCUUUGGCAAGGAAGGGAUGAUCGCGCUCUCAUCACGCUGCUUGAGUGAAGAUAGAUUUGUGGGAAAUGAGACUUUGUGAAGUUGCACUUUUUGAUUGUGGUUGCACUGCAGUGAAGCUACGCAUAUUUUAAGCCUUAUUUUGAAAAAAAGACUCGACACAUCAAAAUCUGAUUGUAUUUAUGACCUGAAAUGUGAAUCUGUAGCAAAAGAAACAAAUGUUUUCAACUAUGUACAGAAUAUAUUUUCCAAUGCAAACAAACUAAUGCGGAUGCUGCUAAGAUAGAAUUGGAAAAUGCUGGAAACACCCAGCGGGUUUGGUAAUAUCUAUGAAAAAGAAACAGUAAAUGUUUCGGGUCAAUGACCUUGAAAGUAUUGUAAGAUUUGCCAAAACCUGCCGGCAGUAAUGUAUAGAAUCAAUAAAGGUUUACUGUACCAA